AUGGCGGACUUUCUGGCUUCAUUCAACUUCGGCGCGGCGGAGGAGGAACCGACCCGCGAAGAAGCUUGCGCCAGCCUCGACGAAGUGCAGUCUCGCUUCCGCGAUGUAUUCGAGGGAAAAGUGACUGAAACGCGCGCGGAGCAUAUGAAAAUUAGCAUCGACAUCGGCCCCUCGACACAGUUCACGAUUUUCGGCGGCGAUGGCGAUAACGUCGACCCCAGCCUCAGCAGAAUCACCGCCCGCGAGGCUCUCGUGUCGCAGCCACAGCAGAACCCCAUCACGCAACGUGCCGUAUCGCAAGAAAUACUCAACGCCCUCGGUAAUAUCGACGGAAGCACAUGGUCUGGUAUAGAUGAGUUGCGCAAAGCGCAGGGCUGGGUGCUCGCGUAUGUCUGCAACCACUCAUGGCAGCAGUGGACUCGGCACGGCAAGGCGGCGCAGACACAUGCAAUUCUUGAUUACAGCCAAAAGGAGCUGGAUUUCGUGUCUAGGGCGCGGCCUGCAUUCGAUUGUCGAGGAACCGUAACGAUUACCUUUUCCAAAACCAACAGUGCCAUAACUGUCAAUUAUUCCCACACCCCAUUCCACCGGACCGUUGGUGAAGUAUACGACUUGUUCAAACCGCCACCUCCGCCGCCCAGAGCCGUUUCUAAGCAGAAGGCGCCCGGAUCGGCAAGGAAGAGUGACACGCCACGCAGAAAACGGGCCGCGACUGGUGCAGAUGGAGAACCAGUUCCUAAGAAGCCGAGGCCACGGCCUAAAAAGGGCGCGAAGAACCAACUAUCACAGGCCGAAUUGGUUCCGAUGACAGAGGGCUUCGCGUCGGCCAACGGUAUGACAACUGCAAUUGACGCUGCGGAUCAUGUUGCUCUCGCAGCUCUUUCAGCAGCAACGACCGGAGACCUUGUGCCUAACAGCGGUGCGGCGCCACAGCCAAAAAACAAUACAGCAUCGUUGAAUGUGUCGCCCGAAGAAGCAGCGCGACGGCGCGAAACGGCUACCAACAAACUAAUCGAGGCUGGCAUCGACCCCGCCACUCUCAAUGCGGAUCAAUUCAGUAUCUUCUCUAACCAGUCGCCUGAAGUGCAGACUGAGUCACUGAACAUGCUCGCUAAGUACGGCGCAGAGAGACUGCACAUUGUUCAUCCAGCGAAGAAGGACAGCCCACGGCUACCCGCGGGCCAGCCUGAUGCCGAAUCAAUAGCGUCUGGCUCCGUGAACCCUCAUCGCCUUGCGAACGAUUCUGCUAGCGAUAAUCUUGGAGCAGACAAUUCUGCCGCUGAAACAAAUGGGGCGCCAAAGACAAAGACACCACAGAAAGCCAAAGCCGGAGCGAAAUCACGAGUUUUUUGCUUCAACUGCAAGCUUUCGAAAUUCAAGUGCUCGAAAGAGAGGCCCACUUGUACUGUGUGCCAAGAGUCCGGGUUGACCUGCGAGUAUCCAGCGGCCAAGCCUAGAAACAGGAAAUCUGCUGCUUUUGUGACAGAGGAUGAAGACACUGUAAUGUCGGAGAAUGUUGAUGCCGAAGGCGAGGCAGAAGACGCUAGAGCAGAUGCUGUCCACACACAAGCCGAAGAUCAACGGCAACCAUCAGCUUAUGGCCAGGUUCCCAUCGCCGAUAUGAUGCAAAUCACUCCAGAUGAGGAAGGCAAUGGCUCCCGCCCAAUUGGAGAAGCGAGCCUCCAACCUACAUACGAAUAUCGUGCCCCGACUAGCUCCCUUAAUUGGAAUUCAGGUGGCCUCGCACUACCCCAAGGGCGCGUCUACUAUCCUCCGGCCCCUAGUGCAGCGACGAAAGAACCGCUGCCAAAUAAUGCCAGAACUGUUGUGGAAACUGCGGCGCCCAAACGAUCGCAGCGAGUGUCGAAACCUACAGCAAAGGCUAAGAGCCGCAUACCGACACCGGUUCAAGCUCUCAUCGCUCCGCCCCCUCGCGAAAGGCACGAGAGUCCCCUCGAGCGCCAUAACCCCAGGAGACAUGAGGCACAACCACGCAAUUCGCUUGCCUUUGAUCGUUCUCCGCCUAAUCCUUACGGCCAACCGGUCACUCAGCCGCAGUACGCAAGCGAUCCGUAUCGACAAAAUCCCAGCUAUGGCCAGAAUCAGGGAGCAUACCCACAACUCCAAGAAACUGCACCCGAGAGGAUUGCGUAUGAUCCUAACGCAUAUCGCAGCGACGCACACCCUAAAUCAUUCAACCAGCAGAAGCCCCCGGACCCUACACAUGCUAACGCUGCCACGGGUUCAUGGCCAAGUCGCGGACAAGAUGUUGCGGCGACGGAUACUCUUCAGAGAAUACACGGCUACGGAGGGAGCAGCAAUACGGGCAAUACGAUGCUGUCGGUGCACCCACCUAAUCAGCACCGCAGUACAGGUGGUGGCAGUGACAGAAUGCAAGGCGUGAUGGGGGCAGCUAAGCACGGCUCCUCACGCAAGUCGUAUUCGUCGCAACCUGUACAGCAGCAAGUCUCAGCCGCACCGAAUCAGCCACAGUCUUCUCAACAGUCCUGGUAUGGAUUUAAUGGUCUCCAUGGCGGCUCUGCGACCAACACACAGUCUAACCAUAGCUGGGGAGGAUCUGGUGGCGGUGGUGGCUGGAACUGA